AUAUAACAAUAUUCUUGCUAAAUAUACUGAGCCAAAGUUAGCUUUAAAACUGUGAACAGCGUCGUUUAGGAUAAACGCUUUGUCUACAUUUCACUCAGCGUAGCACAAUCAACAGAGUGAAAGAAAUUGACACUCUCGUCCAAUCAGGCAGAGUGUUGCAUAAAUCUUCCAUUUUGAUAAAUUAUCUAUAAUGCGUUAUCAAGUAGUUUGAUUAGCAAACUGAAGUCACGUGGCACAGGUAACGAAAACGAAUUUAGACGGCGUCGCCGAAAAAAGUGGAGAUGAAACUUGAUAUCUCCUGGCGAAAUAUCAAUAAAGCGUACAUUUAGCAUGUCUUGACUUGUUAAGUUUGCCAUAUAUGAUAAAGUGUGUUUAAGGUUUCUUAAAUGUGCUUUAAUGGGCUGUAAAUAACCUAGGAUUUUAUUUUGAUACCAGGGUGACUGGAAUACAGUAAAGAUGUUUAGACGACAAACCAAUGAUGGCGAAGACUCUCCAGAACAUGAGGAGUUGUCGAUUUUUGAGAGAAUGGAGAGAGAUAUGGCAGAGAAAAACAAGAAUGGCGAAAAAAAGAAUACGGUGCUUAAACUGAUAGUGUUUAUCAUGGUGUUCCAGUCAACAACAGAACUUUACGCGUUCAUGCAUUACAUAAUCCCCUACGUGUUCCAAGAUUACAGUCCAUGGACCAGGUACUAUAUGAACGUGCUAAUAUGGUUCAUAGUGAUCAAUAUGUUGGCCAACUGGUUUUGUGUAAUGCUGUAUAAUGCAGCAUAUCCAAAGACGAAAGACAACCCCUUUCUACAGGUUGAACAACAGGACGGAAAUCUGCCUGAUCAAUUUGCUGCACGUAUUCAACAAGCGUCCAGUCAAAACGGAAUGAAUGGGCAUUGUGUGUAUGAUAUGACAGAAAAAGAGGCCCUUCCAUGGAAUUUUUGUGAAAAAUGUUCAAUGCACGUGCCAUUUCGUGCACAUCAUUGUGACAUGUGUAAAGCAUGUAUUCUCAAAAGAGAUCACCACUGCUAUAUGAUAGGAAACUGUAUAGGUUUCAACAAUCAAAGAUACUGGAUUGUUUUAACAUUUUACGUGGCUGUGAAUGGUUUUCUUUGUGGUUAUUUCGUAUUUAAAUACGUCAGAAACAUUGUGUGGCCAGAGCUGAUAACAUGGACAGACUUGGUGUUCCCCUUAACAAUAUGGCGUUGUCUGUUUGGUAGCAUCCCUACCUUACAUUGCAUUUUGAUAUUACAACUGUAUAUAGAUUUCAUUUUUGGAAUACUUGCAUUUCUGUACUUCAAUGCUCAAAUGGUGAUAUCUGCAGAGGGCAAGACUUUGUUUGAAGUGAUGAAAAAAGUGCCAGUACGCAACAAAAAUAGCAUGAACCAAAACAUGAAAUCUGUUUUCGGGGAUUGUUGGGGUUUCAACUUCGUCUUUCCAAUGACUCUCAUUUUCCGCCAACGGGAUGACGGUAUUCACUGGGAUGGCAUUAAAAUAGAUCACAAUGCGAAUGAAACUAGCAGAAAGCCUUAUUAGUAACUUACAUACACUGACCACCGUAACAAAAUGUUAUUGAUUGUAAUUGAACAGUGUAUUCCCAGCAUUUGUUUUAGUCGUAAUGGACGGCAGUCUUCUGCUAUAGACAAAAACUAUACCUGACUUUAAUAAUCUUCAAAUUUUAUCUCACUGUCAGAUUACGCUAUACCGAUUUAAGUGAAUAUGUAUCAAGAAUUGGGAACUUGACAUUGAAUAUUUUCAAGCAAAAUACAACGCACAUACAGUUCCAAAAUAUUUUCGUAAACAGGUGACAGAAACAUUUCAGUAUAUCAUACAUAGUGGUGCUUAUAUUGUAGCAACCUGAAUAAGGUAAAAAUGUGGUCACCAAUCAUUUGUUCUUUACCUUUUGAUAAUAUCGUACUCUGUUCAGAAAACACGAAAGAUAUACGGAAGAGAAAGCACUAGUCUGGUUAGAGAAAACACAUUCAUGUUUUUGCAUAUUCUAAAAUACAUCAAACACACAUGCAAGUUUCAUAGUCUACAACCCAGCCCCUGUCUCAAUCCAUCGCCAUCUCUUUCACGUAUUUCUGUUUAAAUUUAAGUUAGUAGUUAUUUCACUUAAAGCAAUACUAUUCUGCACAAUAUUUUUGGUAAUUUAUAAAGAUAUCUUUCAAAACUUUUAUGGCAAUAAGUUUGUAUCACCAGUCACUUGCAGAGUAUUCACUUUUUAUGGAUUUUUAGAAGAAACUCGUUUUCGCCUAAAAUGUGUGGGUUAGUAGAUAUGCUUUGCAGUACUUAGUGUUUGUAAAUUAAUGUUUUACAUGUUUAUUUUAUUGUGAUAGUCUUAGAUAUGUAAGGCUAUUCCCUGUAAAUCAAAUACAAACGGGUUGGGUCAUUAAAGUAUUUAUAAUUUACCCGACUGCAAAUGAAAAUUAUACUAAGUGGAUGAAAAUU